GCUUAUUAGACUAGCUACCGUAUUCGCACAAUAAGAUUGCAGCCUGGAUCUUUCGCAUAUCUUUGGGUCUGUCCUUCGUUCAGAGACACUUGCCACCAAGAACCGCAGGUUUGGCAAUGCCAAGGCGAACCGUGCGCUGACAACUCCAAUAGACCCACCAAUUGAGAUACCCCUCACAAACCAGCUUUCAGCUACGGAAGGAAGAGCUUUCCUUGAUAAUACAACUUUUAACGUUAAUACACUACUACUUGAUUGACGAACUGAUUGAAGAUGUCCUUGGCAGGCGCUGGCAAAUUGGGUAGCCCCACCAGUACGUUUGACCCUUCGGGUCGUCGUCAUCCCUGGCAUCCUCCCGCCAUUGAUACCUCUAGCGAAAUUGCCCAAGGCCAGUUGUUGAUGAACAAUACCUUGACGGGUACCAAGCAGCCCUUUAUCCCUCUGAAUGGACGGACCGUGCGAUGGUAUACCUGUGGCCCUACCGUUUACGAUAGUAGUCAUGUCGGUCAUGCCCGAACCUACCUGUCAUUGGAUAUUAUGCGUCGCAUCAUGACGGACUACUUUCACUACAAUGUCCUCUAUCAAGUCAAUGUCACGGAUAUCGAUGAUAAAAUUAUCGUUCGAGCCAGACAGAAUUUACUGCUCGAAAAUUUGACCAACGACGUGACAUCCAACAAACUGUCAUUGGACGACUUGAAGAGUCUCAUCCAAACGGCCGUCCAAGAAGCCCAAGACAAGGCGGCCAGCAAAAAAGUCCAAAUCGAAGCAGCUCUCAAAGAAGCCACGGAAAAAUCAGAUUCUAGAGCUCGUGUCGAACAAGAAGAAUUGCUCAAGCAGCACCAAGUCAAACAAAAAAAUUUGGCUGCCGAUGUCACCAAAAUCCAGGCAGCUGACAAUGCCGACGCCAAGACUAUGAUUCAAGCUGCCAAGUCCGUGCUGGCCGACAAACUCGAUAGAGAAAAGGGUCACGAGGUCACCGAUCAUUCUGUCUUUCUUAAACACGCGCGCUACUACGAGAGAGAAUUCAUGGAAGACAUGAAAGCGCUCGGCAUUAGAGAACCCGAUGUCCUCACCCGCGUCACAGAGUACAUUCCUCAAAUCAAAGACUUUAUUGCCAAAAUCGUCGAUCGAAACAUGGCAUACGAAUCCAAUGGAUCCGUCUACUUGUCACUCGAUGCAUUUACCGCGUCGGGACACAAUUAUCGCAAACUCAGUCCGGCCGUGGCCGGAACCGAAACAUCGGCGGCGGAAUUGGCCGAAUCGGAAGGUGCCCUGGCCAGUGGCGGGGACAGUGAAAAACGCAACACGAACGACUUUGCGCUCUGGAAAUCCUCCAAACCGGGAGAACCCGCAUGGGAAUCGCCCUGGGGACCCGGUCGACCCGGAUGGCACAUUGAGUGCAGUGUCGUGGCCAGUGAUAUUCUCGGUGAAAACCUGGACAUUCAUUCCGGUGGAGAAGAUUUGAAAUUCCCGCACCACGAUAAUGAACUGGCGCAGUCCGAAGCCUGCCUCGGAAAGUGCAUUGGGACGGGUGAUGAUCAAGAAUGCCAUCAAUGGGUCAAUUACUUUACCCACACGGGUCAUUUGAGCAUUGCAGGAUUGAAAAUGUCCAAAUCGUUGAAAAAUUUCAUCACCAUUCGACAAGCGCUGGGGGAGAAUACACCACGGCAGCUGCGAAUCCUCUUCUUGAUGCAAGGAUGGGAUCAACCCAUGAAUUACUCCGAUCAGACAGUCGAUGAUGCGCGCAGCAAAGAAAACACAUUCAAGGCAUUCUUUCGUGAAGUGGAGGCAUUGAGUCGCAACGAUUAUCUCGACGACGAAAUCGGAUGGCGCAUGCUAGACCAGGAUAGAAAACUGGCCGAUGCACUCUUGGACACACAACAAAAGGUACACGAAUCGUUGUUGGAUAAUUUCAACACCAAGGAUGCCAUGCUCGCAUUAAUGUCCGUCAUCAGUCAAGCCAAUGUCUACUUGCGCAUCCCGGACGUCAAACCGGCCGUCUUGACGCUCAAGUCCAUCGCGGUCUAUGUCACACAAAUUCUAAAGGUGUUUGGUGUGGUCACGGGCAACGAUGACUUUGGAUUUGAAACGAGCGGGGCAGGAGAAGGCGACGAUGGAGCUGCGGCCAAUGCCGUGAUUGACGUUCUGGUGUCCUUUCGAGAGCAGGUGCGAAACGAAGCAUUGGCGGCAGUCAAGGCCAGCAAGGAUGAUCCGGCCGCUGCCGCGAGGGCGAUUCAGAGCAUUCUGCAAAACUGCGAUUUAUUGCGAGAUGAAGUAAUGCCGACAGUGGGGGUCCGAGUGGAAGAUCGAGCAGAUGGCUCACGUUGGAACCGAGAAGACCCCGCCACCAUGAUGAAGGAAAUCCAGGAAAAGAAAGCCAAAGAGGCCGCAGUCAAAAAAGACAAGAUGGAAAAGAAGCUCGUCGCGAAAGACAAGGAAUUGAAAAAGCUGCAAGAGUCCAUGGUUGCCCCUGACCAGCUGUUCCGAAAGACGGAGGAAUACAAGGAAUGGGAUGAUAGGGGUGUGCCAACAGUCAACGCCGAUGGCAGCGAAGUCAGCAAAGGACAAACCAAAAAAUUGACCAAGGCCAUUGACAAGCAAAAGAAACUCUAUGACGACCUGAUGGCCAAAUCAGAAGGCACCCCGCAAAGUCUACUGGAUGCCGUGGAAGCAGAGAUCAAAACCAUCAAGGAGGGAAUAGCGGCACUAUCCAUUUAGCAAAUGGUGCUGUCACUGACAAUCACUAGCGUGGUCUUUGGGGCUCUUUUUCAUCUAUUGGAUGUCGCACGAAGUAAUUUCGACUAGGGCUUUCUCGCACUUUGCUCUUCUCCCUCUUUCCCGUACAUGUAUCAAACACAGGAAUGCUCCGUUCUUCGGAUGGGUAGCGCGGACUUGCAUCAAGCCUCCUGGUUGUCCCCGCUUCUUCGUGGUUCUGGAGCAAGUGCUGGGCUUCGCGAGGGGACUUGUUCAUGUUCUCAUUUUCGUGGUGAUGCACCGUACUCAUUCUUACCGUAGCCCUGGGGAAUGGCUUGCCCUGCACUAUUGAUCGGUGUCUUUUGUUGGCACCAGGGUCACAUAAUCCGAGGACGAGUCCAACUGGCUUGAUUUGAUUCCGAUACUGCAUGUGCCUGGCCCUACUGGUACCUAUCCCCAGUUCCAUCAUCUCUGUCUUCCAAGAUUGCUCAAGGGAGUGGAUGGGGCAUGCUGUGAUUGUGCAGUUACUAUGAUUCUUAUAGAUACUUAUCCACUGCCCCACGAGUGCACUAGUAUACAGGCAUUCCAUUGGAUAAUGCCACAAUGCUAGUAGAGUCUGAACAGAAAUGAGUCACAGGACAGAAAGGUGCUCCUGCUGGUAACUGUCCCUUUCCAGCUUCACUUUUCCCUGAACAGCAAAGCAGAAGAUGCAAGAUAUAAAAUCUCAGCAUUUGAUGUCCUUUCAUCCAAGUGAGUGUAGUCAGGGGAUGCAUCCCACACAGGUGCCGUCAAAAAUGUAGCAUCCAAGAAUUGAAUAUUCAUUUCUUGGCAAACUUGUUUUAUCACUUCAUUGUAUCCAUUCAUGGCCGUUCCUGUGCGCCAAUCCUUUGGUGGACACAUGACAGUAGAGCCCAUCAAUGCGUUUGUAUGAACACUUCGAAAGAACAAGGAAAGCCCAGGUAUGGCAGUUCUCACUGCUUGGACCAUGUCUUUCAAGUCCUUGUAGUAAUCUCCCAGUAGUGUUGGGUGCUUCCCAUCAUAGCUCGCAGGCCAUUGAGUCACACCAAUAAUCAGGCUGCUGCAGUUUUUCUCUUUCAUAAAGUUGAUUUGUUUUACAUGUGCAACAUCGUGAGGAUACCUUGCCUUGACCCACUCAGUUGUAAUGUUGUAAUUGUGUUUUCUUGUGAAUCCCAUUGCCCCAGCUGCUCCAUAUAGUCGACGGGCGUGACUCCAUCCAGCAAUGCAAAUGGUGGUAAGGCUGGACUGCUGCACCACCUCUGCACUUGGGUGCUUCAUGGAGGAUGACCAUUCAAACUCAUAGUCAAGAAAUCGAUCCAGCUGGACCUGUUCAUGACAAACCUGGGACAAGUUCUUCUUCUCCACAAAUUCAUGAAAGCACAGUUCGGGUUGCACUCGGGUCUGUAAUGCAGUGGCCUUGACCUUGGCUGUCUUCUUCCAAAAACCAGGCACAACCUCACCAUAAGUGUUGCCAUUCUGCACAACUAGAAUGGAGGCAGUCUUGCUGGUGAGUCGACCUUUCAAUGGAUCUUCAGUGCAGACAGGUUGAAAGUUAAAGGUCAAUGGAUUAGGUUCACCUGUAACCUUUAGUGUUGGACUUUUAAGGUUGUCUCUGUCCUCAAGUGCACUGCGAACCCCAUAAGAAAAGUCAUUGCAGUGGACAACCAGGAUCUCCAAAAAAUAUUCCCCAUUGUCAGGGACAUUAUAGGACCCAGUCAUCACGCUACCACUAUUUCCAUUACCACUAGACCAUGUCCAAGCCAACCGAACCAGGGCAGGCCCUGACAAACGACCCACUAGGUAGGGUCGGGGACAACGAGCAUCAGACCGAAGUUCAACAACUACCUUGGAUUGGUCUGGAAGGUGAUACAUGGAGGAUAUAUCAGAUGCCAUUGAACCAUCAGGGUUGUGUGCAAUCUCCACUUUUGCAGUGUUGGAUUCCAAAGCUUCCGCUUUUGAAUUAGGCUGUGGGUCUUUGGAAGUGGCAGUCUUGACUUCCUCUGUGCCAGUUUCUGUGUUCGGCUGUUGGACAUUGGCAGAAGUGUCCUUGCUGUGGUUCUGCUUUGCAUUGUCCUGAUUCUUUGCGUUGUCCCUGUUUUGAUUCUUGGUUUCGUCAUUGUCCUUUUGCUUCACCAGCUCCU